GAGGCAGACUAUCCCGAAGGGACCAAAGCGCCUCAAAAUCAUGUGAUCGAGGAAGUGGGCGGUGUCUUGAAGACCUGGCGCUCAGACCGCCCCAGCCGGCAGGCAGCACUGUGGUUGAGCAGAGAUGGCAUUGUCAUGCUGGGCAAGGGGAAUGUUCAGUUGGACAUGACCACCGUGGGAUCCAGAAGUAUCCGGUGGAAGGGAAGGCACGGAGAUGUUUGGGAGUGGCGCUGGAUGGGUGACACGGUGCAUCACUGUGCCUGCGUAUCGUGGUUGACGCGCGAGGAGGCUUGGCAUCUUCAUCACUUGGGGAUUGAGGUGGUGAUGGUGCAGAAUGUUUGCCGGACAGUGGAAAAUGCCAACAGGGCUGCCAACAUCGUGACUGUUGCUGCGGAGCUAGCAACCUUUGAAGAUCGUGUCCACGACGGAAAUCUUUUUUUGGUCGGAGACGCUGAGCGCUUCUGGAAGCGGGCCGACCUUGAAGUCCCGGGAACGAACCUGCUUCUUUUGAGCCACCCAGCGAAGCAAGAGAAAGUGGUCAACGAGGGCUGGAACCGCUGGAAUCAGGAGAAGUUAACCCAGCAAAAGGUCCUUAAGUUCAUGAACCGCGUGAACGUGGAGGGCCUUGCACACUCCGAAUUCAGCCUCUGGCCACGCCCGUUUCGGCCCACACAGAGAGCAAGUCCGGAGCAGAUCGAAGAGGCCGUGCAGAAAGCUUUGAAGCGCAUUGGACAGGCAGAAGAACUCAGCUGGCACAAGCUUCGCGCAAUAUUUGCUGGAAGGGGAUUCUGGACAAGGCGGCAACAAGAAGAAACAGGCGGUUCGCUUGAGACCGCUACAGACUUGAACCCGCCGGAAAAUCGCUUUCUCAAGCUGCGGGGACUUGCCGACGCACCAUCGUAA